UAGUUUCUCCAAGAGCCGUUCUACUACAGUCACGACAGAACUGCUGUUUGACGGCACGGGUAAUACAAGGCUCCUACUGCGCAUGCGUACAGUUGCUGACCUUCCGCACUAUCAAACAGCAUGGCAGCUCGGGCACUAAUGAGAGGCCUUUGCAGGUCAGGUUUGUUAUGUGGGAACCAGCGUUAUUCAACACCAGCGGUUAUAAAAACACUACCACCUACACAUGACGACGUAACGGAUAAGGUCAUAAACCUACCCCUUGAUAAGCCAGAUUUCUUCCGUGUAUCAGAACUCUUCUCACUAAAAGACUUGUUCGAUGCAAGAGUACAUCUCGGCCACAAGAAAGGAUGCCGACACAGACUUAUGGAGCCAUAUCUCUAUGGAAGCCGUUUAGAUCAAGAUAUUAUAGAUCUGGACAAGACUAUGGAGCAUCUUCAACAGGCCCUUAACUUUACUGCACACAUUGCAUACAGGGGUGGUAUUAUACUCUUUGUCAGUCGGAGACGCCAAUUUGUCCACCUAGUAGAGAACACUGCCAAGGAGUGUGGAGAGUACGCCCAUACAAGAUACUGGCAAGGAGGGCUACUUACCAACGCCCCUGUCCAGUAUGGGCCUGGAGUCCGCCUACCAGAUCUCAUGAUUUUCCUCUCCACUCUUAACAAUGUGUUUCAGACACAUGUGGGAAUCAGAGAUGCAGCUAAAAUGAAUAUUCCAACGAUUGGUGUUGUGGAUUCGAACUGCAAUCCAUCCCUGGUCACAUACCCCAUCCCUGGUAAUGAUGAUACCCCAGUGGCCGUGGAAAUGUACUGCCGCUUAUUCAAGAUGACAGUCAACCGUGCAAAAGACAAAAGACGGCAAAUGGAUCUUCUUCAUGGCUUGAUAACACCCUCCAUCCAAAAUUCAUGACAUUUAUUUCUGGGUUAUAAAGACAACUACAGGUCAUUCUGAAACAUUUUGUCCACAUUGUAAUCAUACUGUAAUGGGCCUCUUUGUUCUGUCAUGUUUUUUUUUACUGGUAACUUUCAUGUCCAAGUUGAAUUAACUCUGCGUUUAUUCUCAUUUAAAGCUGUAAAUUAUUCAAAAGUCAAUAAGAAAUGUGACGUGAAGAGUCCUCAAUCAUGCAUUGGUGAUGAGUUUCUAAAAUGCACACAUAAAAUAAAUAAAGCAUUGCCUUUAUUUCAAA